CACCAGCGAGCUCCACCAUGUCAGAUGCGGCCGUGGACACCAGCUCCGAGAUCACCACUAAGGACCUAAAGGAAAAGAAGGAGGUUGUAGAAGAGGUGGAGAACGGAAGAGACGCCCCUGCUGAUGGCAAGGCCAACAAGGAGAACGGCGAGCAGGAGGCAGACAAGGAGGUAGACGAGGAUGAGGAGGAAGGCGGGGAGGAAGAGGAGGAGGAGGAGGAAGGUGAUGGUGAGGAAGAAGACGGAGAUGAAGAUGAGGAGGCAAAGGCAGCUACGGGCAAGCGGGCAGCUGAGGACGACGAGGAUAACGACGUUGACACCAAGAAGCAGAAAACCGAUGAGGAUGACUAGACAGCAAAAAAGGAAAAGUUAAACUAAAAAAA